CUACGGCGGAAAUCGAAGCAAAUGAUGCCCUCACAGCAUCAUCCGUUGUUCCCCUACCCAAAGCAAAAAAACAUCGCAUACCAACCCGCAAUGGACAGACGCACUCAUGAAGUCCCCAUGGACUUUGAAUGGCAGACCAGCGGCCCUGCAGACGUCACCUCGCCCUUCUACCAAUUAACCCAGAAGCAACAGGGCCUGAAGCGCGGCUUCGAAUCGCCCUCCAAACCCCCACCCCCCUCACAAUCGGCCUUCUUCUCCGCCGCGCCCUCCAACACCGCAACCCCCUUCCGCAACCCAUCCUUCACCACCCCCCGCAAACCCUUCGACGUAGACCUCUUCUCCGAAGCCUCCGGCGCCGAAUCCUCCCCCGCCGACAACGCAGACACAGAAGACACCCCCGACCACCCCCGGCCCUCCUACCGCGCCCCCAUCGCAAUGCCGGCGUUCACCUCCACCAAGCUGGACAAGAAACCCAUCUUCGGCCGCUACGGCCUCUCUGCCCUCGGAUCGCCAGGCCGCGACACACCCCGCCGCGGCAAGCUCUCUGACGCCGUCGCCCAGAAAGCGCGGAAGCGGCGCCGUCACGAUAGAGAUCCCGUCAUCCACUCCCGCCGCGGAAGCAUCGACAGCGGGUCAUCUUCCGAAUCCGCAUCGCGCCGACACAGUCCACACAACUCUCACCACUCUUCCCGCGGUAGCGGCAGCGGAAGUGGAAGCCAAAACUGGUUCUCCUCCCUCCUAAGCGGCAUCGAAUCGCGCCCCAACCUCCCGCACCUCCUCUCCUACUACGCCCAACUGAUCCUCAACUCCUUCCUCGUCGCCGUAGCAAUGUACCUAAUCUACACCUCCAUCCGCACCAUCCAAUCCGACGUCUCCAAAGAAGAAGCCCGCGCCAUCGACGAAGCCCACCACGAAAUCGCAGUCUGCACCUCCCACUGGACGACCAACAACUGCGCUCCCCACCUGCGCGUCCCCGCCGUCGCGGCGGCGUGCAGGGAGUGGGAGGUCUGCAUGCAAGCCGACCCCACACAAGUCGGCCGCGCUAAGAUCUCCGCUCACACAUUCGCGCGGAUAGUGAAUGAGUUUAUCGAGCCGAUUAGUCUGAAGACUAUGCUCUUCGUCGUCGCUACCUUUCUCGUCUUCGGAUACGUGAAUAACACCGCCUUCGCAGCGUAUAGGAGUAAAAUAGAUACCCACCCCCCCCAGCAGCAGUUCUUCCACCAGCCGCCACCGCCGCCGUCGCCCUGGCCGAGUCAGCAGGCGGGAGAGUAUGGGUGGGGUGCUAUUGCGCCGCCGCCGACGCCGAGACAUGCGUCGGGGGGGUAUGGGGAUGGGAAUGGGGGGCCGAUGUUUGCGGCGUUGAUGCCGCCGCAGACGCCGCAGAGGAGUCCGAGGAAGGGGGGGAGAUGA